AGCCACAGGCGCACAAACCUUUCUUUCUCCCCUUCCACUGCCCGCCCCAUUAAUAUCUCUCCGCCCCACCUCCCUCUCUCUCCUCCUCCUUCAGUGAGAGUCUUCACGCCACACCCAUUAGUGGCGAGGAGAGAAAGAGAAGCCCUUUCUUGUUCGAGCUCUGUACGAUUUAUCUCUCGUUGCUUUGCUAGGGUUUGGUCUGUUUGUUUCAUGGAUCAGAGCUUCGGGAAUCUUGGAGCGGGAGGGAGCAGUAGCGGGGGCUCCAACUCCAAGGCCGCUGCGUCCUCCUUCCUACAGCUGCCGCUGUCCACCGCGGCGGCGGCGGGCGGCGCGUAUUACGGCACGCCGCUGGCGCUGCUGCACCAGGGCCAAGCGGAGCCGUCGUUGCUGUACGGCAAGCACGAGGAGAUCUCGCCAGGGGAGGCCGAGGCCAUCAAGGCCAAGAUCAUGGCGCACCCGCAGUACUCGGCGCUCCUCGCCGCCUACCUCGACUGCCAAAAAGUCGGCGCGCCGCCGGACGUGCUGGAGAGGCUGACGGCCAUGGCUGCGAAGCUGGACGCGCGCCCGCCGGGCCGGCACGAGCCCCGCGACCCGGAGCUCGACCAGUUCAUGGAGGCGUACUGCAACAUGCUGGUGAAGUACCGCGAGGAGCUGACGCGGCCGAUCGACGAGGCCAUGGAGUUUCUCAAGAGGGUGGAGGCGCAGCUCGACUCCAUUGCCGGCGCCUCCGCGCGCCUCUCGCUCGCCGACGGUAAAUCAGAAGGGGUUGGCUCUUCCGAGGAUGACAUGGAUCCAAGCGGCCGCGAGAAUGAGCCACCUGAGAUUGACCCGCGCGCAGAGGAUAAGGAGCUCAAGUACCAACUCCUAAAGAAGUACAGUGGCUACUUGAGCAGCCUCAGGCAAGAGUUCUCCAAGAAAAAGAAGAAAGGGAAGCUCCCAAAGGAGGCCAGGCAGAAGCUGCUUCACUGGUGGGAGCUGCACUACAAGUGGCCUUACCCUUCAGAGACGGAGAAGAUUGCGCUUGCGGAGUCGACAGGCCUAGACCAAAAGCAGAUCAACAACUGGUUUAUCAACCAGAGGAAACGACACUGGAAGCCGUCGGAGGACAUGCCGUUCGUGAUGAUGGAAGGCUUCCACCCGCAGAGUGCCGCUGCGCUCUACAUGGACGGCCCGUUCAUGGCCGAUGGCAUGUAUCGCCUUGGUUCGUGAAUUACCUUGGACUAUUUGAUCAGAUCGUUGAAAUAUAUCUGUACCUGGAUGCGUUGCAAUGCAUGGACAUUGUUAUGGAAUUUUUGGGAUCGUUUCUGCUGAGUGCCAAGGGCUCGCUGUAGUGUUUAUGGCUUGUAGUUCUGUAAUAUUGUUAAUUUCCGCUCGACGGCUUGUAAUUUAGGUGUAUCUUGAAUUUGAAUAUCCAUGUAAGUACCAUGGUAAUUAAUUCGUCAGUCGUCUAUUUUCAUAAUUGUACGGUUCAGAUUGGGGAAAACAUGUUCAGGAUUUGCCUGUCUGAAUAAAAAAGAUGUAAAGGUUUAUCCUUGA